UGAAUUUAAUUAAAAGUUUUUUUUCAAACAUUUUUUUUCCAAUUCCACUGAGCCACUGAUGUCACAAAGAAACUUAGAACUUUUAGAACGUCGCGCGUGUAAAGCCGUGCAACGCUCCUCACUUCACUCAUUUUUAGGCUACUCAGUUUGUUGCUGCUCUAGUCUGAUUGAUACACAACAGAAAUUUACUAUGGGACAGAGUUCUUCACGAGUUCAACCGUUUACGGUGAGCGAGCAGGUCUACGACCUCCCUCACAGCAAACCCCCAAAAUCCAGCCCCAACACGGCAGCGAAACACCAUCCUCAUCGGCCUGAUGAGAAGCCUGUUGGUGAGGGAAUUGUGCUUCCCACCUCUCCUUUGAAAGAGGAGGAGAAGAGGAAUGAAAAGAAUGUGGGCCACAUCUUUAAGUGGCUCUCUUCCCGUUUGAGGAAAAAAAUCACCAAAAGCAAGAGCUCAGGUCAGGGUAAGAUGAAGGACCACGGUACUGAGACUGAAACACCCGGGAGAACCGACGAUCAGAAGCCUCUACAGCCCAUCUCCAGAUCUGUAGAGGUCAUUGAUCUCGAGGAACCUCAUACCAGUGUUCAAGUCCCUCCUGCUGCUGAGCCUCUGGUGCAGGAAGACCUCCAAGCUCAAGUCCACGAUGCUCCAGUCAGUGUGAGAGCAGGUGAAGUGUCUCCUCUGGAGAUGGACAGCAAUGAAUUGGACAUGAGACCCGAAGACGACAUUUGCUGCCGAUAUGCAAUUGGUAGCAAGCUGGGUCAAGGUGGAUUUGGCGCUGUCUAUAAGGCGACUCGUUUGGAGGAUAGACUUAAGGUGGCAGUGAAAUUUGUCAAAAAGACAAAACACACAGAAUAUAUCAGCAUUCCUGAUCAUCCCAAGCCCCUUCCCAAAGAAGUCGCCCUUACAAUUCUGGCCAAUGAAAACCCAGUGAUGGCUAUUAUUAGGCUGCUGGACUGGCAGGACCAGCACAACUUCUUCGUCAUUGUCGUCCAGCGUUUCUCACACUGCAUGGAUGUUUUCCGCUUUGUGCAACGCAAUGGAGGCAGCAUCGACGAGAAGUUAGCAAGGCUCGUCAUGUGGGGGGCAACGCUAGCCGCCAGUGCAUGUUGUCGCCGUGGAGUUUACCAUGGGGACAUCAAAUUAGAGAACCUGCUGAUAAACUUGGAGAAACUCGAAGUCAAACUUAUUGACUUUGGAUGCGGCAGUCUCCUGACAGAUUCUGCCUACACAAGUUUCAGUGGAACAGUUAUGUACUGCCCUCCCGAGUACAUACUGAAGGGCGAGUUCCAUGGAAAGCCAGCGACGGUCUGGUCUCUAGGGAUCCUCUUGUUCAGAAUGCUGUGUGGACACUUUCCAGAUAGUUUCGACUUCUACAGGACCAACUUGAACACCUGGUCCAAACCUGGCUUGACAGAAGUAUGUUGCCAUUUGAUCUGCUCACUUCUUCAGCAAAAGCCAGAACAUCGGCUUGACCUGGACAGGAUUGCUCACCAUGACUGGUUUUAGGUGGCAGUAAAAUUUGACAAAAAGUCGAAAUGUGUGGAAAGUAUCAGCAUUCCAAAAAUGUUUCUUUCAUCCAGUCUGAACAUCCCAAGGCCCUUCCCAAAAAACAGUCGCCCUAAACAUCCUGGCCAAUAAAGGCUGUGAUGGACAUUAUUAAGCUGCUGGACUGGAUGGACCAGCAGGACUUCUACAGUACGUCAUAGUCGUCCAGCGUUUUUCACACAGCAUGGAUGUGUUUCACUUUGUGGAACACAAACGGAGGCAGCAUUGAGCAUCCUCUUGUUCAGAAUGCUGUGUGGAUAUAUUCUAGAUAGUUUCAACAUCUACAGGACCAACAUGAACACCUGGUCCAAAACGGGCUUGACAGAAAACUGCUGCCAUUUAAUCUGCUGCCUUCUGCAGCAAAAGCCAGAACGUCUGCUUGAUCCGGACAGGAUUGUUCACCAUGACUGGUUUUAGGUGUAAGACCAGUCACAGCCACUCUGAAAGCGUUAUCUAUGCAGCCGUUUCGUCUGCCAGGCAGAAUUGAGUGGCAUCUCUGUCCAUCCACUUAAACGUCUUGCAGGGCCAGCAAGCCCUGGUAGCACUUUGUGCCUUUGCCUUGAGGCAGCAAUAUUAACGACUGGUGAUGUUGCUUGCUGAAGGGUGUGAAAAUGGAUGCAUUUUUGUAAAUAAUGUAUUACUUCAUCUGAAUGGCUGCAGAGGUUCUUGCCAGAGCCUUCACAGAGAUCUAUGGUUUAGUCAAAAAAGUUAACAUGUGUUAACAAUUCACUCACUCAACUAAAACUUCA